AUGACUAAAGAUGCUGUCGAACAGCCACCAAAGCCCCAAUCCUUACAUCCAGCAUACUCUGUAACAAAUAUCCAGAGUAAAAUUCAAACCCUAGACGGCACCAAUGUCACGUAUUCUCAAUGGACCCGGCUGUUUCGAUUACACGCUGUCGCCUACAAAGUGAUGGAUCAUAUUGAUGGUACUCCUUCUCCGGCAUCAUCUUCCCCGGAAUAUGAUGCCUGGAAUGAAAUCGAUGCUCUUGUCCUUCAAUGGAUAUUCAGCACUCUCUCUGAUGACCUUCUCAAACGAGUCAUGGAUGACAGCACUACUACGGCUCGUGCUGCAUGGUCCAAACUCGAGAAAAUCUAUCUCAGUAACAAGAAGGCACGUGCUGCAUCAUUGGAAACCAAGUUCUGCAAUAUGUCUUUGUCAGCGUGUUCCUCCGUUGAAGAUUAUUGUCAGCGAUUGACUGAUAUUGCUAAUAAAAUGGCCGAUGUCGAUAACCCUGUAUCCGAGUCCCGUCUUGUACUUCAACUGGUCAGGGGUUUGCCAACUGAAUACAAUACUACUGCUGCCCUCAUCAAUCAGAAUGGUGUUGAUUGGGAUCAAGCCAUCAGUAUGCUGAAUGAUGAAGUCCUCCGCUUAGACGCCCAAAAAGGUUCUCUUUCCACUGUUUUGGCCGCAAUCGCUGCUCCAAAAACCCCUCCAAACAACCAGCUGCUUCCGCCGUCCGACAACAAUUUCUCUUCCUCUCGUGGCCGGGGCCAGGGCCGGGGCCGGGGUCCUGGAACCGCUGCGGUGGCAGGAGACGCAACAGCAACAACCGGCAGCCUACUUGUCCGGAUACUCUCAACAGAGCGGGUUCCCCAACUGGGCCUGGUGGACACCUCCACCAUGCCCUUAUCCGACUCAGCAGCAGCAGCAAUGGCAUCCAAACAGCAUCCGAAAUCAGCAGCCGGUCGCCCAACCUCAGGCCCAUUUUUCUGGAUUUCCACAACAACCGUUCAUCGGGUACAACCCUUCACCACAAGGCGUAUACAAUGCACUGAGCCCUUCAGAUCUCAGCGCAGCAUUCAGUAA